GUUUUAAUCGACGCCUUCUUCGAUUUUCUUCAUAGACGACACACCAUUGAUAAAAAUCUCCAAAUUGUUCCCGUCGUAGAAAAUUUUCUCGAGCUGAUUUCCGAUGACGAUUGACAACGCGAGAGAAGAAAAGAAGAUAAAAGGAGAGAAACGCAAGCACCAGAAUGAUCAGGUUGAUAUGGAGAUGUUAAAACUUCGAGAAGCUCUAGAGGGAAAACUUAGAAGCAAUGAUUCUACUGUUCCAAAGUCUGAUAAAGCUCAAAAACGUCAGAAAUCAGAAGACUCAGAAGAUGAAUUUUACAAACAAGUGAAACAAAAACAAGAAGCUAAAAGAGCUGCCAAAGCAGAGAUCUAUUCAAGGAAACCACAUUUGAUCCCGUCAUCGCCAGAACGUGUAGUUGGAAAACGUUUGAUUUCAAAUCAGAUAGCUAGUAACAGAGGAUUGACCCGUAAACGCAAUAAGGACCAUAAAAACCCGAGAAAGAACUAUCGGGAUAAGCACAAGAAAAAAGUCAUUAAUCACAGAGGACAAGUCAGAUUAAUCAGGACACAAACGGGUCCAUAUGCAGGAGAAACUCGCGGUAUCAAUCCCAACACAAGCCGCAGCAUCCGAAUCAAGAACUAACCUCCUCUUCAUAUUCCUCCAAUUUCUCUUUU